UAGGGUCAGCAUCCUGCGGCCAGUUGCUUUUGACAGUUUCCUUUCUGGUCAAGCCUGGUCUCUGUGCUGCUGACUGUUCCUCUCACCACCGCAGCUGCAGCGCAGAAAGCGGGAUGGAGCCCCUAGCUGGAGCUGACACUGCCACCUUCCACCAGCGCUGGCCAGCCCGGCUGCUGCUGUGGGUCUCAACCCUGAGCUGUUCUUUCUCCUCACCAGCUUCUCUCCCUCCGUCCCUGGUACCCCGAGUCAGAAGCAGCUACACUCUGGAAAGGACGUUCCUCGGUCUUGAUAAAUGCAAUGCCUGCAUCGGGACAUCCAUUUGUAAGAAGUUCUUUAAAGAAGAAAUAAGCUUUGACAACUUGAUGACUUCCCUCCUGAGACUGCCUCCUCAGGACUUGCCUUCUUAUGCUGCAAAUUACUCAGAUGAUUCGAAAACCUGGCGCCCUGUGGAGGUCUCUCGGUUGGUCAGCAAGUACCAAAGCGAGAUCUCUGACAGGAGAAUAUGUGCCUCUGCAUCAGCUCCGAAAACCUGCAGCAUUGAGCGCAUCCUGCGAAAAACAGGGAGGUUCCAGAAAUGGCUGCAGGCCAAGCGACUCACACCUGACCUAGUGCAGGGCCUGCCCAGUCCCUUCCUGCGCUGCCCUUCCCAAAGACUCUUGGAUCGUGUGGUUCGACGCUAUGCUGAAGUGGUUGACGCUGGCAGCAUCUUCAUGGACCACUUCACCGACCGUGACAAGCUGCGUCUCCUCUACACACUGGCUGUCAAUGCACACCCCAUCAUUCUGCAGAUCUUCCCGGGGGCAGAGGGCUGGCCACUGCCCAAGUACCUGGGCUCCUGUGGUAGAUUCCUGAUCAGUACCAGCACCAGACCACUGCAAGAAUUUUACGAUGCACCCCCAGAGCAAGCUGCUGACCUUGCCUACCAACUCCUUGGGGUCCUGGAGUCCCUGAGGAGCAAUGAUUUGAACUAUUUCUUCUACUUCACCCAUGUUGAUGCAAACAUGUUUGGCAUCUUUGACAAUGGGCAUCUGUUCAUCCGGGAUGCCAGUGCACUAGGUGUCAUCGACAAGCAGGAAGGCAGCCAAGCAGCUUCCGGGACUGGAGAGAAUGAAGACAUUUUUAGCUGCCUGGUGUCUGACUGCACGGUCCAGCUGUCCUCCUGUGACACUGUCCCUGAGAAGCAAAACCUGGUGCUGGUGUGUCAGCAAUUGCUACCUCGACUUCUCCAGGGAAAGUUUCCUUCCCCUGUGCAAGAGAAAAUAGACUCUGCUCUCAGUCUGUGUAGCAAGAAUGCCAGCACAGACACGGAAGUUUUAGGGGCCACCAACCUACUGAAGGACAUCUUGAGACCACUGAGAACCUGUGACCCUAGAUUUGCCUACCGCUACCCAGACUGCAAGUAUAACGACAAGUUCUGAGUGACUGGGGCCUAACUAGCUUGAAGGGACAAUCCACAAGCUCUUCCAUGCCCAUGGAUGAGUUGACACCAAGUUAGAAGAAGCAAUUUUAGUUUAAAUAUUUAAGUACAUUCCUUUCCUAAGAAACACUCAAAACUAGUGAAAGAAACUCGUCUAACGUGCUUGCCUUCAAGUCCUCUAAAAGACAAGUGUCAAAACAUGAGCUUUCUUAGAGAGGACAUGCUAUGGGGUAGGUAAACAGGCAAAGGCUGACAGGCAAACUCGUGCUGCACUCUGACCCACCAGCAAAAAAAAAAAAAAAAAAAA